ACUAUAUAAGAGGCGAGCUGCAAAACUUAUGACACAGUUGUAUAUCAUCAGUGGGUGGUAUACGCCAUUAACAAAAAAGCUAACGCAAAAUGUUCAAGUUCUUCGUAUUCUUCACCAUUUGCGCCGCCUUGGCCUCGGCCAACAUGGUGCGCGUGCCCAUUUACAAGAACUCCAACUACCGUAAGACACCCCAAUCCGUAAAAACCGAAACGGCUUACUUGCGCGGUAAAUACAAUGUUGCCGGUUUCCGUGCCACUGAGCAAUUGGAUAACGAGUUGAACAUGGAAUACUACGGCAAGAUCACCAUUGGUACACCACCACAGGAAUUCUUAGUACUCUUCGAUUCUGGUUCCUCAAAUUUGUGGGUGCCAUCAGCAUCCUGCCCUUACAGCAAUGUGGCCUGCCAGAUCCACAACAGAUAUAACUCCAGCGCUUCCAGCACUUAUGUAGCCAAUGGUGAAUACUUCUCCAUCCAAUACGGUUCCGGUAGUUUGUCUGGUUUCUUGUCACAGGAUACCGUCAGUGUAGCUGGACUAACCAUUAGCAAUCAAGUUUUCGCUGAAGCUAUGUUAGAACCUGGUACCAGCUUCGUUUACUCAAAUUUCGAUGGCUUAAUGGGUAUGGCUUUCCAACAAAUUUCUAAUGACAACGUAGUGCCACCAUUCUACAACAUGUGGUCUCAGGGUUUGAUAAGCGAGAAUUUGUUCUCCUUCUAUUUGGGACGUGCUGGAUCCUCGUCUCAAGGUGGUGAAAUGAUUUUGGGUGGUUCUGAUUCCAGCCUCUACCAAGGUAGUCUCACCUAUGUGCCCAUCUCUGAACAAGGUUACUGGCAAUUCGCAAUGGAUGGCGGUAGCAUUGGUGGUCUUGUCUUGUGCGACGGUGGUUGCCAAGCCAUCGCCGAUACUGGCACCUCUCUCAUUGUUGCUCCAUACUACGGUUAUGUCGUAUACAUGAGCAUCGUAGAUCCCGAUGGUGAUGGUUUAAUUGAUUGUUCAGCCGUCAGCUUCCUUCCCGAUUUGGAAUUGGUCAUUGGCGGUACGACCUUCACCGUUCCAGCUUCGCAAUACGUUAUCGAAUCUGAGGGACAAUGCUCACCUGCCAUUAGCUACAUGGGUACUGACUUCUGGAUCUUGGGUGAUAUCUUUAUUGGCAUGUACUACACCGAAUUCGAUAUGGGCAAUAACCGUAUUGGCUUUGCUCCAGUCGCAUAAGUAUUUUCGAAAAAUUGGAAAAUUGUUCGUUGAAUAAAUUGAGAUGUAAUAUUUGAAUGAGAAAAAA